UUAUCCGUCGGGCGAAACCAACGGGAAGUUGUUGGGAAUGAGGAUGAGGAGCGACAUCACGCCAGUGGGAGGGGUAGAGUGUGACAGAACUGAAUGACAGCAGCGUGACAUCUUUUGCAUUUCAUAGGGAAAUUUCUCCUGGCAUGCCGGAAACAUUGCACGGUAACGGAGCGUGUGUUUGCAGUAACGUUACCGUUAAAGCGUUGUCAUUGUUGCCUUGUCGCUGCGUUGAGCGGAUGUUGCGCGAACGGACAUUCAUUUAGCAAGAAACCGUGAGAAUUGGUGGAUAAAAAGUGUGUUUUAACGCUGUUCUCCCCUUUUCGCGUCUUAUAAAAAAUCGGCGCAUCUGUGAGCUUCCGGCCAGCCGUUAACCGCGACACACCGAUGCUCCGAGCCGGCAGAAUGGACGAGUUUGUGACGGAAGAGGAUGAGCCUUGGUACGACCAGAGAGACCUGGAGCAAGAUCUGCACUUGGCAGCUGAGCUGGGGAAAACCCUGCUGGAGCGCAAUAAGGAGCUGGAGGACUCGCUGCAGCAGAUGUACAUCAACAAUGAAGAGCAGGUGCAGGAAAUCGAGUACUUGACCAAGCAGAUGGAGAUGUUGCGCGAGAUGAACGAGCAGCACGCUAAAGUGUACGAGCAGUUGGAUGUGACGGCCCGAGAGCUGGAGAUAACCAAUGAAAAACUGGUGCUGGAGAGCAAAGCUUCUCAGCAGAAGAUUGACAGAUUGACAGGUACUAUGGAGAUGCUGCAGGGGCAGGUGGACACGCUAACUGCUCGUGUGGAGGAACUGCGCACUUUGGAAGAGCUCAGGGUUCACCGAGAGAAGACCGAGAGGAGAAAGACUGUGCACUCGUUCCCCUGCCUCAAAGAACUCUGCACCGCUCCCAGGUAUGAGGAUGGCUUCAGGGUGUCUGCCCCGGGCAGUGGUGACCUAGAGGAGUGUCAGCCCACUGACGAGGAGAACGAACAUCUGCGUGUGAUGGUGUCAUCGUUGCGCGCUGCUGUGGCAGCCGAACGAGGUCGGCGUGAGGCCGCAGAGCGGGAAUGUGCCGCAGUGCUACAGGAAUUUGAGCGCCUGGAACAGCGCCUCAUGGGGGCAGAGAAUUGCCAGCGGCGCGUGCACGAGCUGGAGGCGGAGCUCCAGGAGAUGCACCAGCUCCGCAAGUCCCGAGCCUGCCUGCUGAGCAGAGACGAGGGCCUGGAGCAGACGCUGCUCAACUGCGCCCCCGAGACGGACACGCCGGAUGAUGCAGUUAUGGCAGGAAUGCAGAAUGGGGAUGCAAAUGAUGGAGCCGCACCCGUCCGGAAGAGUUGCAGUGAUACAGCUCUAGAUGCCAUCUCUGCAGUCGACGCCUCAGGGAGACGCAAAGGCAGCUACGCGCUUCACGCCAACGGCGUCCGGAAGAGGGGCAUGUCCAUCCUCCGAGAGGUGGAUGAGCAGUAUCACGCCCUUCUGGAGAAGUACGAGGAGCUGCUCGGGAAGUGCCGGCGCCACGAGGAGAGUCUAUGCCACGCUGAGGUGCAGACCUCCCGACCCGUGUCCAGGGACCCGUCUAUGAAGGAAUGCCGGGCCGCAGAGCCCCAGCAGCCACCCACUCCACCGCAGACGCCCUCGACUCCAGAGGCCCUGGAGGGCAUCAGCCGACAAGUGGAGGCUGUGGACAAGCGGCUGAGCCAAAACACUCCAGAGUACAAAACUCUCUUCAAGGAGAUCUUUUCCCGCUUACAGAGGACCAAGAGUGAUAUAAACUCCACUAAAGGGAGGAAAAGCGGAAAAUAGCCUAUUUUGCUCUUAAAAUUCUUGCCACUGCUUUCCUUCCCUGGUCUUUCAUGUAAUAUCUUACAUUUUUUUUGGAACUACAAUCAGAAAGAUGUUCAGAUACGUCUGUUAUGUAGUACUACUCAUCCCUGAAUUAUUUGGUGCCACACAUCAAGAGACAAGUGGUGGUUUUCUGGACGUUUUGAGUGUAGUGCUUUUGCAGGGUUGGCCUUUUUUGGGGGUAGACCAUAUUACUCAUAUUACUGAACACAUCCGUUUAACUGUAAUCAUGUUCAGCUUAAAGUUAAUCAAGCACAGGAAGACAUGAUGCUUAUCUUUGCUGAUUAUUUCCUUUCUCACAUGUAUUACAUGUUAUGAAUAUCCACAGCAUUAUGUAACCACAUGUGUUCAAUAUUAAAUCACACUUUGCUUUA